AAAUUGACAUCACACUGUUCAGAAGGCUUUACCUGAAGUUUGCUAACAUGCGUGAAAUUACUUAUGGUUUAUUUGCGAAACAAUAAAUAAUUUAUUUUGAAAUGCACAUUUAUUGAAUUUUAUUUUCAAAUGCGCAUAAAUGUGAUAAACAGGAAUAUAAAAUAAACAUAUAAUAUUUCUUGUUGCAAGUACUGAUCGCUAUAAAAUCUAUUUAAAUUAAAUGGUAAAUUAUGAUGUAAUUUUGAACGCUCAAUUUCAUAGAUGUUUAAAAGGCCAUAGCUGAAUAAUGUUUGAUCUCAAAUUAUUGCGGAGAACAUUAGAUCCGUCUAUAAAAAUAAAGGAAGUUUGUCCAUCGUACGUAAUUAGACUUUUACCCGAAUUCAAAGAUUCAUCAUGUAUUAUUUUGUAUAAAGAUCAUUUCACUGAAUCUCAAAUUGAUGAUUCCAAAAUUGCAGAACAUGAUCAAACAAGUUGUUUCGAGAUUACUGGAUCACCUUUGAAAUAUUCUUUUAACGAAGGUUCUGAUGUGGAAGACAGUAUUAUCUUGUUUCAUAAAACUGGUACUGGUAUACCAAUGCGCCCCAUGACUAGCGGACUAAGACCAAUGACUGCUGUUAGAGGUGCCGGUUAUACCAGUAGUAGUCGUCAACCUUUUGAUCCGUUAAAUAUGAGCAGCAAUACCAAAGGGCCUGUACCACCUUUAGAAACCGGAAAAGAAGACACGCCAGAAGAAAAAAUCAAAGUAGCGGAGAAAAAAAUAAUGGUGUUAAUAGAGAGUUCGAUAGAAGCAGCGUACGAAAGCAAUACAAGGGUUGCCUUAGAGAGAGCAAGAGAAGCUUCUUCGAGAGAAAAGGUUCUUAUUAGAUUACAAGAACAAGCUGGACUUAGCGAUAAUCACAAUGUAGAACUAACAUUUGCUGUAAUUUUUAAUUUAGCGAUUCAAUAUACCAACAAUAAUAUGUUUACAGAAGCUAUAGCAACUUAUCAAGCUAUAACAAGAAACAGAAUGUUUAAUAAUAGCGCUAGGCUUAAAGUAAAUAUGGGAAAUAUUUACGUUAAGAUGGGACAAUUAUCCCAAGCGAUUAAGAUGUAUAGAAUGGCAUUCGAUCAAGCAUCAGCGGCUCAUAAAGACUUAAGAAUAAAAAUAAUGCAUAAUAUUGGAAUGUUAUUUGUUCAAAUGGGUCGUUUGGAAGAAGCAGCUAAUAGUUUUGAAUGGGUGAUGAAAGAAAGAGCUGAAUUUAAAGCAGGCUUGCAUGCUGUGUUGUGCCAUUUUGCAUUAUCUCAUCGAGAUAAAAUGAAAAGAGCAUUUUUAGAAUUAUUAGAAGUUCAACUUAACAUAGACCAAGAGGACAGAUAUAAUAUAAGUACCGACGAUGUUGCUUCUAACAUAUUAAAUGAGAUUUUAAAGAACGACGAUUUAUCUAAACUAGAGAAAGAAUUGAAAUGCGAAGCUGAGAAAACUAUUCUCUGCGCCGCAAAACUCAUAGCGCCUGUUAUCGAAGAUACACUUACGGCUGGUUUCGCUUGGUGCGUGGAUUCUAUAAAGUCUUCAGCUUAUGCAUCGCUGGCUGCAGAUUUAGAAAUAAGUAAAGCUAUGGUAUUUUUGCACAAUCGAGAGACUCAAUUAGCAAUCGAUACCUUGAAGAUGUUUGAAAAUCGGGAAAGUAAAGCUAAUAGUUCUGCUGCCACUAUGCUUUCGUUUAUUUAUUUCUUUCAAGGAGAUUACGAUCAAGCAGAAAGAUGCGGGGAAAUCGCUCGGACGGCAGACACGUAUAACGCAGCAGCUUACGUUAAUUUAUCAGCCUGCGCAUUUAGAAAGAACGAAUUAAAUAUUGCCAAGGAGUUUCUUUUGUGCGCAUUAGAUACGGAUGCUGGUCAUGUACAGGCUCUUUAUAAUCUAGGAUUAGUGUAUAAAAAACAGAAUAUGUACGAGGAAGCAUUGGAAUGCUUUUGGAAACUUCGUAAUAUUGUUAGACACGAUCCGCAGACAUUAUAUCAGAUUGGUCAUUUGUAUCAGCUUAUGAACGAUACGGAUCAAGCUAUGGAGUGGUAUAAUCAGUUGCUCAGUAUAAUACCAUGUGAUCCUGGAGUUUUGCAAAAAAUGGGAGAAAUGUACGAUAGCAUUGGGGAUAAACAACAAGCGUAUCAAUUUUACAGCGACUCGUACAGAUUUUUUCCUGCAAACUUUGAAGUAAUCGAUUGGCUUGGAUCAUACUUUGUAACGAUGCAGGUUGCCGAGAAAGCGUUAAUUUAUUUCAAGAAAGCAGUGGAACUAGCACCCGACGAACCAAGGUGGAGAUUAUUGGUUGCUGCAUGUUUAAGGCGAACAGGUCAAUUUCAUAAAGCUCUUACGGAAUAUCAAGACAUUCAUAAUAAAUUCCCUGAGAACAUCGAGUGUCUUAAAUUUUUGGUUCGAUUAUGCAGUGAUCUCGGUUUAAAAGAGGCUCAGUUGUAUGCAACGGAAUUAAAACGUGUUGAGAAAGCAAAAGAGCUUAAAGAUAGACAAGGAUCAGCAAGACCAGGUUCCAGAAGGAGUAACAGUAGUACCUCCUCGCGAACUGGUUCUGGCAUGAGUGUAUUAUCGGAUCAUAGAUCGAGUCCCAUCCUUGGCAAAAGAGAUAAUCAGAGUUUGAAUAGCGCUGGAGUUUCACGAACCAAUCGAACUUCUUCGAACGAGAAUUUUAUGGAAACAGCAUCCGACGUAAACGAACGGACAAAAAUUCAAGAGCCGAUAGAAAUGGUUGUUCCUACAGAGCACGCACUCCACGAGGCGAUACAGGUAUCGCCGUUGCUACUUUCGGACGACGUGAAGCAACAGAAGAUCGAGCAAGAACUGGCGCAGAUGAAGUUUUCAGCCGCGACAGUCAGACAAAUCCAGGAGGUUUUUUUAUCGGAAAUGAAUAAAGGAAUUCAUCUGGAACCAUCGUCGUUGCAAAUGGAGAACACCUACGUUCCGGAACUUCUCGAUGGAACAGAGGAAGGUCUGUAUCUGGCGUUGGAUUUGGGAGGCACAAAUUUCCGUGUGCUCCUCUUGGAGCUAGCCCAUGGAACACCUAUACGCGAAGAAGUGAAGAAAUAUCACAUUAGCUCUGAUUUGCGAGUCGGUUCAGGGAUUCGUCUGUUUGAUUAUCUGGCAGAAUGCGUUAGCGAUUUCGUAAUCGCGCAGGGUCUUCAGGAUGUAGAGCUUCCUCUCGGUUUUACCUUCUCCUUUCCAAUGGUACAACACUCGUUGGAUAUCGGGCUACUGGUAACCUGGACUAAAACGUUCAAUUGUCCCGACGUCGUGAACAAGGAUGCUGUGCGAUUACUGCGCGAGGCUUUGGAUCGUCGUGGUGAUACCAAAGUGAAGGUGGUGGCUAUUUUGAACGAUACCACUGGUACCUUGGUUCAAGGAUCAACGUUAGAUCCUGAGACAGCGAUUGGGCUCAUAUUAGGCACCGGUAGCAAUGCUUGUUACCUGGAACGUGCCGACAGGGUCGAACAUUGGGAGACGGAAAGACACGGAGAACGUCAAGUUAUUAUCGAUAUCGAAUGGGGUGCGUUCGGAGACAACGGCGUUUUAGACUUUAUCAAGACAGAUUACGAUCGCGAGAACGAUGCAAAUUCCCUUAUAGUUAAUUCGUUUACGUUUGAAAAGUAUAUUAGUGGAAAGUACAUGGGCGAGCUUGUGCGAAUAGUACUUGCGAGGUUAAAUAGAGACGGACUUUUAUUCAUAGGUGAGCAUACGCCCGGAUCGCUUUUAAUCCCUGGCAAUCUUACCAGUGAUUUAGUGUCAGAUAUUGAACAAGACUCCGUGGACGGUGGUAGCAUCAAUACGGAAGAAACUUUGGAGAAGUUUGGCAUCGUUCCGGACGAAGACGACGUAAAGAUUGUUCAAUACGUUUGCGAAGUAAUAUCGAAUCGCGCUGCUCUUCUCGUUUCGACAUGUCUCGCAGUGUUGCUGAAGCGAAUCGAUAGAGAACGCGUAACUAUUGCCGUGGAUGGAUCUCUGUACAAGCACCAUCCCCGAUUAGAGAGUUGGAUCAAACAAUACAUCCCGUUGCUAGCACCUGAUCACAAGUUUAAAAUUAUUCAUGCCGAGGAUGGAAGCGGGAAAGGAGCCGCGCUCGUGGCUGCAAUCGCUCAAAGACUUCACGAAAGAAUAUGCUAGUACUAGUUGAAUGUUGGAAAUACUCUCUGGCGUAUAAAUGUAUCAUCAGUGGCGUAAACGAUUGUCGUCGGAUCUCUAAUGUCAGACCUUGUUCGGAGUAUUCCUUAUGUUAACGUUAUAAUCUUGCAUACGUAUUUCUUCCUCUUUUUUGUUUUUCUUUUUAAAAUCGUCGCGCAAAUUUUAUUGUUAUUAGCAUUACGAAGUGAUAUUUCGGAAGACGAGAGAGUGCGCGCGCGCGCGUGUGUAUGUGUGAAAGAGAAAGAAAGAAAGAGAGGGAGAAUGAAAGGAUAAAAUAAUUAUACAACUAUUUAGUAGGUUUACAAGAAAAAAAAUAUCUAUAGAAAUCCUUAAGGGAAUUGACGUCGAUUUUAUUGAACGUCUUUAAACAUUCGCGUUUGAUAGUUAUUUUUUAACGCGCUGGUUUAUGCAACGUUUCCAGAGUCCACUUUACUUACGUUGUUCGAAAUAUCUACUAGCAUCGUUCGUUCGUAAUUAGACCUAUUGUUCUUCGUAGUUGUUACGUAAGAUCUGUUUUGAUCUUACAUUUGUUAAGUGUUUCGCUGGCAGAUAUAAAAGAAAGGACAAAGUAUGUUGUCCAACGUUAGUUAUGUUCGCGUAAAAGUCACAGAGUUCGGUAACCUUUGGCAGAGAAUCUUACCACGAAUGUUCGAUAGUAAUAUUCUGGCGAGGCUAAUAUCGCGUAGAAAACAUCGAAAACGUUAGAUUUAGAAUACGAGAGGAUGAAGCGUAGUGUGCUAUUUUAACGAAGGAAAAAACAGGUAGGAUCACGAUCGUGUUGCGAGAACGAGCAUAUCUCGUGUAUUGUAAGCAACCUGUGUGUAUUCCCACAUUAAAAGCGAGACGGAAUUGUGACACGGAUCACUAAACAAAGACAUUAAGGACAAAGAGAAAAGGUAAAAAGUAAGGAGAAAAAUGUGUCGAUGUUCGAAAAGAAAAAUAUUUGUAAAAUACAUUGUUAUACUUUGUAAAUGAUCGCGAAGAUGUUCGAUUUUUUGUACCGGAGGAACGAGGUUGUUUUAAUAAAAAUCGAUGCGAAAAGCAGUAA